AUGCCCAUCGACCUUGGCCUUUCUCGAGUUGCGAGACUACUAUCGCACUUUAACAACCCUCAUUUGAAAUACAAGUCGAUUCAUGUGGCUGGUACAAAUGGGAAAGGGUCCACUUUGGCCUAUAUGUCAUCCAUAUUAACUCAACAUCGACUACGUAACGGCAAGUUCACAUCUCCACACAUGGUUGAAAUAAAUGACUGCCUAACAAUUGACAACAAAACUUACCCGAGAUCAAAGUUUGACGUGGUGAACAAAAUAGUUUUGCAAAAAGACCAUGAAUUGAAACUAAAAUGCACCGAGUUUGAGAUUUUGACUGUGACAGCAUUUAAAAUAUUCGAGUUGGAGAAAGUUGAGAUGGCGCUAAUUGAAGUUGGAGUAGGAGGACGUCUAGAUGCUACAAAUGUGCUACAGGCGUUUAAUGGUGGAGGAGGUGUAGUUGCAACUGGAAUUACAAAGAUAGGAAUGGAUCACGAGGGCUUAUUGGGGAAUUCAUUCGAGCAAAUUGCACAAGAAAAAGCAGGAAUCUUGAAGUCGGGCAUCCCAUGCUUUGUCGACGGGCUGAAUAGAGAAGAAGCUUUGCGUGUGAUCAUAGCCAAAGCGGAGUCCAUUCCAUGUGAGCUUACUGUUGUGGUGCCGAAUGAAAGUGAUCAAGGAUUAAUAAAGUUCAGUCCCUUGAAAGGCGAGUAUCAGUUGAGCAACCUUGCACUUGCACUACGAAUUCUUGCAUCACUUCGUCGAUUCUAUACUUUUUCAAGAGACCUAAUUGUAACUGGCAUUGAAAACACCUACUGGCCAGGAAGAUUGGAGUCUUUAAACAUUCCUGGCGUGGGGGAAGUUUUGAUCGAUGGUGCGCAUAACGAAGAUGCUGCUAUAGAGCUUGGGAAGUAUAUAAGAGCCAGUUUUCCCAACCAGAAUAUCACCUUUAUUGUGGGUAUGACUAAGGGUAAAAAGUUGGGCAGUAUAUUGAAGCAUAUUGUUCGGAAAAAUGAUACAGUCAUACCAACCUUAUUUCACCAACCCGACCAAAUGCCGUGGAUAAACUGUGAACCGGUUGAGAGAAUUAGUGAAGUGGCAAAAUUGUAUUGCCAAGUCAAAAUUGUAUCGGAGAAUGCUUUUAUCGGCGAUGUAUUUCGCUACUUGAAGGGUAAUAGAGACAUCGGUUCACCUGUCGUUGUAUGUGGAAGUCUAUAUUUGUAUGCCGAUGCUGUGAAGUAG